AUGGAGGGCCGACAAAUCCAGAUUCUGACCGUGAUAAGCGUAGGACUGUUCUUUUCUUGGUUGAGUGUUGGAUUGCGAUGUUAUACGAGGACAGUCGUUUCGAGGACCUUUGGAAGUGAUGAUUAUUGGAUUAUCGUUGGAUUGGUUGCGUAUACUGUCGAUUCAAUUUUUGCAUACAUUGGUAUAUAUUAUGGAAUUGGAGUACAUGCCGCUCAACUUACUUAUGAUCAGUUGAUCAAUGCUGCAAAGUACCAAGUUCUCGUCGAAAUCGGCUAUAUUCUUUGCACAGCCAUAAUAAAAACGAGCGUCGGGUUGCUCCUCCUUCGCAUCACUUCUGUCAAAACCUUUUACAAAUAUGUCAUCUGGAUCAGUCUUGCGAUAAUAUGGAUUUGGACAAUUGUAACAUUUGUUAUUAGUUGUGUGCAGUGCAGACCAUUAAAAGCGUCAUGGGAUCCAUUAACUCCAGGAGUUUGUCUCGAACCCCGUAUCAUUGCGAAUUUCGCAUAUGCCAUCUCAGCCGAGACGAUUUUCUUUGAUUGGCUUUUUGCCUUGUUGCCAAUACCAAUAUUGUGGGACAUCAAGAUGAGUCUUCGUUUAAAGUGCUCUAUUAUGGUUAUUCUGAGUUUGGGAAUCGUUGCAAGUGCUGCUACGAUCAUUCGUGUUAAGUAUCUGGUGGCUUUUCUGAAUGUUACAGAUGCAUUGUAUUCUAUCACUCCCGUUUUCAUCUGGUCCACGAUUGAGAUUGCCCUCGGCAUAAUCGCUGCAUCAACCGCCACUCUCCGUCCUCUUCUUCGCAGCUGGAAAAUCCUUGGUUUCUCGAGCGAACAUGACUCAGAUACUGAACCUGGAGGCCCACGAUCGGGCUCUUGGGGUGGAUUUAAGAGAACUCCUCGUGGUGGGAGUGACCUAACUGCGAGUCAUCAGUCGAAUGAAUUAACUCUGGGGGGUACUAUUCAUACGCAAUCUCCGAAUCUUAAGACAGUUACGAGUUGGAGUGGUAGAAGUGGACACAGUGAGGAAGGGAUCUUGAGGAGUCCGAAUGGAAAAUCUGCUGAUAAUGAAAGGAAAGGGGAAGGGGAAAACGAGGAAUAUGAAUUAGCUUCAAGGCCGGAUGAAGGAAUUGUGAGGCGGACGGAGAUUCAGAUUGAGUACGAUGAGAGGAUGAAUUAUUUGGGAAGAGACAUGGUUUGA